AAAGAGGACCAAUCAGAUUCCUCCAUAUCCGGAAAUAAUACCAACCCUAACUUUCAAACUUUGGCGGCGGUGAAUUACACACGUAGAAAAAAAUGGAGACCAGUCUGUCCAGACUUCUUGUUGGACUCUCUGUAAAAAUCAGCCGCAGUGAUGGUCGAGUGCACCUGGCCACGGUGAAGUCUGUGGAUGCCGCCAAGUCCACGGUUAUGGUUGAAUGGGAUGAAAGAAAGAUCACCCGUGGAAAGGAGGUUGAAGUGAAUGAGUUAUGCAUUCUCAAUCCAGAGCUUUUGGACCAUAUAAAGGCUGUCGCCAACCAUACUACUGAUCCACCCCUUCCUGCUCCAGACAAGAAGUUUGAGGGUCGACUGCGCUCAUCCAGGAUUCCUGCCCCUUUCUCCUUUGUCAGUCGAUCUCAGACGAGGCAGACGUGUAUGUUCCAGCCCCCGGCCCCUGUUCCUGCACCAGUCUCCACCUCUGAGUCUCCACAGGCAAACCUGGAGGUGGUCCAACCCGAAGCCCCCUCUUCAUCAGUCCUCACAAACUCUGCGCUUCCGAAUCAGCAGCGUAAAAAGAAUGAGGCCAAACCAGCACAGUCGCUGCCUUUUGUCCGAGAGACCGUGAAGGAGAAUGAUGAACCCAAGAGAAUGCCUCCUCCUCCAGCCAGAGGCAGAAGAAAAUCUGUGGCUCCCCAAGAACUAAACAAAGGCAAUAAAAGGCUGUCUUGUGUUGUACAGCCUGCCGACAUUCAGCUCAAGAGGGGAAAGUUUGGAGAGGCAACUCGACCAAACCAGAAGUUCUAUGAGAUGAUCCAAGACUUCAGAGAGACCUUGGAAAUAACUCCCUUAACCACUACUGACCACAUUGAACCUCACAGGAUCAGCGUGUGCGUUCGCAAGCGGCCCCUAAACAAACAAGAGAUUAAUAAAAAGGAGAUAGAUGUGGUGUCUGUGCCUGGAAAUGGUUCUCUGCUGGUCCAUGAGCCAAAACAGAAGGUGGACCUCACCAAGUACUUGGACAACCAAAUCUUCCACUUUGACUACUCCUUUAAUGAGAUGGCCACCAACGACCUUGUCUACAAGUUCACAGCCAAACCUUUGGUGCAGUCUGUUUUCGAAGGUGGUAUGGCAACAUGUUUUGCCUAUGGCCAGACUGGAAGUGGAAAAACUCACACAAUGGGAGGUGAUUUCGCAGGGAGGCAGCAGAACAGCGCUAAAGGAAUCUACGCCUUGGCAGCCCACGAUGUCUUCACCUAUCUGAACCACAGGAGGUAUGCUAACCUGGAUCUCUCUGCUUAUGUCAGCUUCUUUGAGAUCUACAACGGAAAAGUGUACGACCUGCUGAAUAAGAAGGCCAAGCUCCGUGUUCUGGAGGAUGACAGGCAGCUGGUUCAGGUGGUGGGCCUGGAGGAGGUCUACGUGUCCACUGCAGAAGAGGUCAUCAAGAUGAUCCAGCUGGGCAGUGCAUGCAGAACAUCAGGCCAGACCUCCGCCAACGCCAACUCGUCCCGCUCUCAUGCCAUCCUUCAGAUUGUCCUGCGGCGCAAUGACCGUGCCACCACGCUGCAUGGCAAAUUUUCACUGGUUGAUUUGGCUGGCAAUGAGCGCGGCACUGACGUCAGUAGCAACGACCGCAGCACUUUAGUGGAGACGGCCGAGAUCAAUCGCAGCCUGCUGGCUCUAAAGGAGUGUAUUCGUUCACUGGGAAUGAACAGCGAUCACAUUCCUUUCCGAAUGAGUACUUUGACCAAAGUCCUCAGGGAUUCCUUCGUUGGUGAAAAGUCCAGGACCUGCAUGAUUGCUAUGGUGUCUCCAGGCAUGACCUCAUGUGAAUACACGAUGAACACACUACGCUAUGCUGACAGGGUGAAGGAACUAAAAGGCAACACCAAGUCCAAUGGAGCAGCAAAGGCACAAGAGUCUAUAGAUAGCUCCACAGAGGAGGAAUCUGUUGAGGAUACCACUGUGUUUGAUGCCAUAACCCAGGUGGCAGAGCUGGAGGAGAAGGUUUAUGCACAGUUCCAGAGGGGCAACGAACUCUGCAAUGCAAUGGGUAAAACCUCUUACAAUAUUGAGGAAGGUCUGCCUGACCUGGUGGAUCAUGCAAAGGCAUUACUUGACACGGUUAUGGCUUUGCAGACAGCGGUGAACCAGGCAAGGCAAAGCUUCUGAGGAAAAAGACCCACCGACCCACUCACAAAAUGUUUUUAUUGUAAACGUCUGUUUUGAACCAGUUUGUUGAUUUUUAUGUGUUAAUGGCUAUAUUAGAUAAGUAAAAAUGUAUUUUAACACUAUCCCAUUAAAAAUGUUCAAAAUCUUGUAA